UCGAAGUCCUUUCCGCGUAUUACGUUCUUUAUAUUCUGCCACGGUAAAGUGAGCAUCUCAUCACUACUAUCUGGAAACAAAACUAUCCUCUUUAAAAUAUAUUCUCGCAUUUGUUAACCUAGAAAGAAAGAGAAAUGGCAGAUGCAGUGGUGAACUUUCUGGUGGAGAACUUGUUUCAGCUAUUAAGUGAAAAUAUUGAGCUGAUUAGAGGUGUUGAUGACGACUUCAAAGAUCUGCUUGAAGAAGUUCAACGCUUAAAAGCCUUCUUAGAAGAUGCUGCGAAAUACCACAGUGAGAGCAGCCAGUGGGAUCAGUUGGUCAAGGAUAUUCAAAAGACGGUACAUAAAGCUGAGGAUGCGAUUGAUAAGUUCCUGGUUCAAGCGAAGCUGCAUAGAGAUAAGAAUAAAUUGGAAAGAAUCUUCGAUAAAGUGGGACAUAGUGCUUCAGUUAGGGCUCUUGCAGCUGAGAUUAAAAGCAUCCAUGAGAAGGUGAGGAAACUUCGCGAAAACAAUCAACAAGCUUUUCAGCCACGCCCGGUGCUUGAGCUGCCUAGAAGAGGUUCCCCCGAGCAGGGUCCUUCUUUGGAAGAUGCUGAAGUAGUGGGGUUUGAUGAGGAAGCAAACAUCGUGAUCAAGCGACUUGUUGAAGGACCGGCGGAAUGUCUCGAUAUUGUUCCAGUAGUGGGUAUGCCCGGACUUGGAAAAACUACACUGGCAAGAAAAAUCUACAAUGAUUCUCGACUUUCAUAUGAAUUUUUCAGCGUCAGUUGGGUUUUCGUGGGGCAAACUUAUAAUAUAAAGGACAUUUUCCUUAAUAUUCUCAAAUUCUUCACGAAACGCAUCGAAGAACAUCAAGGUGAGGAUGUGGACAAAUUAGCCAAUAAGAUAAGUGGUUUUAUGAAUAAAGGAGGUAGAUGCCUCAUUGUUUUAGACGAUGUGUGGGCAGAGGAUGUCAUUGAUGCUGUAAAGAGAGUUUUCCCAGAAAACAAGAAAGGCCACCGUAUCAUGAUGACAACUCGUGAAGGAAAUGUGGCUAAAUAUGCCAAUAAAGAUCCUCACGACCUGAAAUUUUUGACUGAAGGAGAAAGUUUUGAGUUGCUGGUAAAGAGGGUUUUCGGCAAGGAAAGUUGUCCUGUUGAUUUAGUAGGACCUGGAACAAGUAUUGCCCGAAAAUGUAGUGGAGUACCACUUGCUGUAGUGGUGAUUGCCGGAGCAUUAAGAGGUCGCCCCAACAGAAAUGAUUGGCAAAGAGUUGAUAGAAAUGUGGUGGAGCAUCUGAUAAAUAAGGAUGAUCCUAAGAGCUGCUUGAAAUUUGUAGGGAUGAGUUACGAUCGUUUGCCCCAAGAAAUGCAGACGUGUUUCUUGUAUUCUAGUGUCUUCCCUCGAGGCUUCGAUAUUCCUUCUUGUAAAUUGAUUCGUUUGUGGAUAGCGGAGGGGCUAAUAAAGUCCCAGCAGACAUACACUCUCGAGGAGAUAGCUGAGUUUUAUUUGAACGAUCUUGUCAAUAGAAACUUAGUGAUAUUGAUGAAAAAAAAGUCUGAUGGUCAAAUAAAAACAUGUCGUCUUCAUGACAUGUUGCACGAGUUUUGCAGAAAGGAGGCUGUUAACAAAUGGAUUUUUCAAGAAAUAUGUACAACAGCUGAUAAUGCUAUUCCUUCUAUAUCAGACUCAGAUGCUUGUCGUCGAUUGUGCAUUCAACCCUCUAUUCUAGAUAAGUUUCUCUUGAAUAACCCUUUAGCAGAACAUGUUAGAUCUUUCCACUGUUUUUCCUCAGAACAAAAACUAAUCGAGUUGUCUCCUAAUGACAUCAAACUCAUCCACAAAGCUUUUCCACUUCUCCGGGUUUUGGACGUUGAAUCCCUCAAAUUUAUUUUCUCCAAGGAUUUUAACCAAUUAUAUCAUUUGAGGUAUGUUGCCAUCUCAGGUGACUUCAAGGUCCUUCCUCCGACCUUUGGGAAAUUCUGGAAUUUACAAACGCUUGUACUCAAUACAAGUACCUCAGAGGCCACCAUUGAGGUAAAAGCUGACAUAUGGAACUUGUUACAGUUAAGGCAUCUCCAUACCAACAUACCUGCAAAAUUACCAGCCCCUUCUACCACGAGAGGUAGACCUUCCUGUCUGCAAACUCUUUCUAUGGUUGCACCAGAAAGUUGCAAGAAAGAUGUGCUAGCAAAGGCUUGUCAGCUUAAAAAAUUGAGCAUUCGAGGGCAAAUGGCAGCUUUUCUUGAUACGUACAAGGGUGGAAUCAGCAAUCUUGAAGAGCUAAAGUGCCUGGAACAUCUGAAACUGUUGAAUGAUGUUCUUUACAUGAAUAAACCAGUUCACCUUCCUGCAGCAUUCUUCAGACUUGUACGUACAGUGAAGAAGUUAACUUUGGCAAACACAAGGUUUUCUUGGAGUGAUGCGAAUAGAUUGGCACAGUUGGAAUCCCUGGAGGUACUAAAGUUGAAAGAAAAUGCAUUCCUAGGUGAGUCUUGGGAGCCGGAGAUAGGAGGUUUUAGCACGCUCCAGGUCCUGCGGAUUGAAAGGUCAGAAUUAGAAUCUUGGGUGGCAUCGAAUCUUAACUUCCCAAUACUUCGGCACCUUAUUCUUAUCUCCUGUGAUAAGCUCAAGGCUGUUCCACUUGAGCUGGCUGAUAUACCUAACUUUCAAGAGAUGAGACUGGACAACACAAGCAAAUCCGCAGUCAAAUCAGCAAAAGAAAUAGAAAGCAAGAAAUUGAAAGGAGAGAAUUUGGACAUUGAGCUUGAUGGAAGCUGGGGGUCAUGGACAAAUAGCUGGAGUAUUCGAAAUGGUGUCACCGCAUUUCAUGUUUUCGCAGUCCAGUCAUCUGAUAAGAUUGUUCCAAUAAAGAAAACCUGUUUGUUCAAGCAUUGUGAUUUUGAAAUAAGUCUAGGUCUGUUGCAUUUUGAGUUCCCCUUCAUGUGGAAUGUUGAUUUUCUCGGUUGUGAGGCUGUCUGCAUCUUUCCUAUUCUGUUAUGGUUGUAUUUGCUUUCUUUCAUUCUUGCAAAAGUGUUGCUUUUAUCCAUUGUUUUUGUUGAAAGACACGCUACUCCCAACAAACGUGGUGUUGCAAGUCUUAUUAACUUGGUUAUCUUAGCUUUCAGAUGAGUUCUAGAGUAACAAAACAGGAGAUGGGAGGAUUUUAUCAGCUACCUUUGCCGAUUUGCCAGCCCCACAAUUGAAGUGGGAGAAGAUGGCAACAUCACCUGUGCCUCAUCUUGAUCGAGAGAUCUUUCCCCUUUCUCUUUCUUUUCCGGCUUCGUCGCCACCACCAUCUAUUCCAGGUAUGUUUUUUAAUUGCUUGGGUUCUAGUUUAGGGUUCUUCAAGACACAUUUAGUUUUUUGCUUCUUUGGUAAGUUUCUCACUGAUUUGGUUUUAUGGGUUACUGUAUUUGGUUGAUUAUAGCUGGAAACGUUAAUGUGCAUUGGUUUUUUGCUCCCUUUUUUUGUGGGUCUUGUUGAUUAUUUUUUGGGUUAUAGUUAAACGAAAUUAAUAUUAGUGACCAGUGAUUACUGUUAUAAUUUUGGCUGUAAUUUAUUUCCAGCUCCUGUAUCUUGUUCAAACGAGCAUUUAGUCGUAACUCUAUGGCAUUUAGGUAAUGGAAACAUCUAGUUUUUAAACUAAGCAAAAGAAUAUUUUCUUUUUUUCCACUGGAUUUGUAGAAGUAUAAGCAUGUUUAGGUUAGUCUUGUGUUGAGUAGCUACAAGUUAUUUUCCCUUUUGUUGAAUUUUUCCCUUUGGUUGGAUGAAGCCCUCUGUAGGUUGCCAAAUGGGAUUUCUGGUGUUUUCUGGUCUCUGGAGAUGUUUCUUACUUGAAGAUUGAUGUUUUGUUUUAAAUCCUUGAUAGUUGUUAAUGUGGGAUGAUUUGUACUAAUAGUUGCUUUAAGGUAUUCUGUGCAAUUUACUAAAUUUGCACUUAAUAGAUACAAUUGCUGAAAAGCCUUAUUCCUUUGUUCCAUGUCUUUUAAGAUUGGCCCUCUGCAUCACCUUCCAGUUCUAUAGAAAUUAAAAUUAUUAA